AUGGUUAAACUGCUGAUAUUUGAACAGCUUGACAGUCUCGUUCUUUCUCUGGAAGAUUCUGAAUUUGGGUUUGAUAGCGAGCAGGAAGGUAGCCAAAUAACAGAUGCUACAUCGUUGGUCUCAGAAACAAACUCGCUAUAUGAGCUAGAAUUAAAAGCGAAAGAUACGGUACCGAAAAGUUACUUAAAAGACGAAGUAAAUCAUCAAAAAUUGCAUCAUAAACUUCAAGAGAAGUUUUCAAAUUUACAAAACGUUAUGGAUUGCUUGAUGGACAUGGUGACACACGAGACAUUUCAAAUUGAAGAAGCUAUAGAGAAGUGCUUAUCAGAUAUCAAUAGCAGUAAAGCAAUGAAUACAUAUAUGGUACCUAUUUUGCAGUCGCCCUCACAAAGGCGGCACAAUUCAUGCAAGAUGGGUAGGCAAAAUUGCAGUAAACAAAGCAAAGACAAUUCUUUGUCUUAG